AUGAGAAAAAUGACAGGUAGCCAGGAAAAUGACAAAUAUUUUCGUGAUGAAAGUGUAACAAUCGAAUGGUCUAUUCUAGAAAGUACUAAAAUGUUAAUCGCCUUAUUUUUCAAUGAAUCGCCAACAAUCCUAGAAAAGGGGAUUAGAGAUGAAGCUACCGAAAUGAACAUUAAAAUUCGAAAGAAUCAGUUACCCAUAGAAAAACAAGAACAACGAAAACAGCAGGCUUGUGACACUGAUGGUCCUUGUCUGUCUAUCAUUUCACUGCCACGAUCUCCAGUUGAUGAGUUGGAUUUGGGUGAAUUUUAUUUGAAUCAUGACCGUGUUUUUCGAUACUUAUUCACCCAAGAUUUAAAAUCAGUGUCAUACUAUGAAGCUGACUUCUUAAAACGUCACCGUCUAACAGAGUCGGUUAGAGCAACUCUCUGUGAUUGGAUGAUAAAAGUACAACAGUACUUGAAAUUGCGCACUGAAUCAUUGCAUCUUGCUGUCAACCUAGUGGAUCAGUACACUUGGAGACGAGUAACUCUGUAUCCGUCAGAAUAUCAACUGCUCGGUAUUACAGCGAUAUUUAUUGCUGCGAAACUUAUUGAACGCUUUCCACCAUCAACUAAAACCUUAUGUUAUUUAACUGAGAAUUCGUAUAGCUCUAAACAGCUACUUGACCUUGAGUUUCAAGUUCUGAAAACAUUGGAUUUUACGAUAAAUAUACCAUUGCCACACCAUUUUUUGGAUCGUGCAGUUACUGCUUGUACUGAUUUAACAGAGACUGGAAAAGCAAAGGCAGAAUUGAUUUGCCGUUACCUUUUCGAAUUGAGUCUAACGGAAUUAUCGGCUGUAGGAAUUUUAGCUACAGUGAAAUGCGCUGCGAGUGUGUAUUUAGCUCGUGAACUUCUUCAUCUAGAAUAUGAAGCUAAGAAGAAUAAAACGAAUGAUAUUCAGAGUGAGGAUAGUGCUAAUUUUAUCUUACCAAAUGAAUUUGAAAUAUGGCCAGAAGUGCUUGGUCGAAGUUUGGGUCAUGAAAGCGUUAUCACUCUGCUGCCAAUGGUUCUUAUCUACGUGAAGAAUAUAAAACCAUUUCUACUGAAAUCAAAUAUGCCAACGGAAAUUUAUGAGGCUGCUUUUCAGAAAUUCAGCAAUCGAGGAUAUUGUCGAAUAGCUCUGUCCACUCUUCUUCUAGAAGCUGACUAUGAUGCCAUUGUAAAAGAUAUCAAAAAACAGAUGAAGUUGAAUUCAGCCUUUUCAUAG